CAUGGCUCAGACCAAAAGGAGCAUCUUGGUUAACAGGAUGAUGGAGUAGGGACAUGUUUUCAAGCGAAAUCUACCCCAAGAAGGGGGGAAUAACUUGGAAGCACGAACGAAACAUUAGUCUCAACUGGGCCACAUAGAAGGACACUAAAUUAAGAAAGUAAAGUUCAGCUAGCUGAACUAAACCCAUGCUACACUGAAUAGUGUAGGUGGAAGGGAUACUAAAUAAAACAUAAAACAUAAAACAUUGAUAAUAUUCCAAAUAAUAAAUGUAUCUCCUAAUAUCAUAAUGUGAUGAGUAAUAACUUCAUCACUUGAUUUCAAAUGAAUAUCUGGUGGAAGUUCAGAUGUAUCUAUAUAAUCAUUGGGAACUUAUUAAUGACCAUGGUCAAAGCC